AUGACCGAGCGCGUAGUAGCACAGCAGAACCGUCCGUUGCGCAAACUGCUCCCAGCAGCUGGAAACCCCGACGUCUUGGGCCCCAAAAAGCUCACUCACCCAGUGAAGCCAGCUCACACGACGGCAGCCUGUGAUAACUGUCGAAAACACAAGACCAAGCGUCGUUUUUCGUGUCACUACACGGCCCGACCCGGCGAGACCGAGUCGCAGGCUCUGCGGCGCGGGUACCGGGAACUGCGUGACCGCGCGCGCGAGCACGAGGAGGUGGUGGCGCUACUGCGCAGCCUCCCCGAGCAGGAUGCGCAGGGUGUCUUCCAGCGCAUACGCGCCGGCACGGGGCUCGGAACUAUCUUGAGGCAGGUCAGAGCCGGCGAUGCGCUGCUGCAAAUGGCUGUGCCGCCCGAAACAAGUUUCCGGUACAGCUUCCCGUACCUUGAGUCGGUCUUCUAUGAGACAGCGUCGGCGCGGCGGCCACGCAACGAGGAGCCACCGCAGUCGCUUGGCGGGGAUGGCGAUGGUGGCGCACGACAGCCGCUGGCGCGCGUAAGGCAGCAGCGCAGCAAAGACAAUGACAGCUCGGCGGCGGCAAACCAUAACGCCGAGAACGACGGCGUGUAUCUCAGCCCGUUGCAUGCAGAGCGUGUGCUAGAGCCGCGACUCACGGGUGUUCAGAUUGCGCCGUUGAUGCGCGUGUGCGAUGACGAGCCGCUGAUGCGGGAUCUGCUAGAAAUGUCGCUUCGCUGCGAGUACCAGUCCAAGGCAGCGUUUCACAAGGACUACUUUUUCCAAGAUCUGGUGGCGGGCAGGGUGGGAGUUUUGCUCGUCCAUGCUGGUGAAUCGAAUUCUUUCCUCUGCUUCGCAUCUGAUGUAGGCGUCCCAUCCCAAGCUGCGGAAGCACGCAGAGUACUAGUACUCCACGAGGUUGGCGUUCCACUUCUUCGCCGCGGCCAGACACCACCCGUGGGAGCUGGCUGCGCCGGAGCCACUCAUUGCAGCGUUUCUGACAAAGUGUCCGCUCUGCACGAUGUCGGUCGGCCGUACCGCAUUCAUGGUGCGGCAGUGACGAAAAGUUGGGCAUCAUGGACGCUCUGA